UUGUCCUGCUAAUUACCCAGCACUCCCACCUGGUUUCUCACCAGCACUGAAACAGUUAACUGCUCUACACAUGUCCAAUCAGACACCUGUCUCCGUUUACCCUUGGCCAAUUGGGUGUGAGUGAGGGAAGGUAUGUGUCGGCAUGAUAUAAAUUUGGGGAGCCUGCACAGAAAGACACACUCCCAUGCUUUGCUCAGCAGAAGCUCGGCUCUGCUGUCCUGGAAAGUAGUCAUGACCAAAGACGCUGAGACUCUGGGACAAGUCUCUCAGAACGAUUACUUCAACUACCAGCACUGCAACAACAUCAUGGACUCCUGGGCCUACACUGAUCAUUUCCUCACCAAACCCCAACCCAGUCUUGGGGACAACUACAGCCCUAACUACAUGUUCUACGACCGCUGCAAGACUCCCUACCAGCAGGGGGUGGCGGCAUGCAGCCCAGCUGACAGCAUGUUGUCAGAGCCAUCGGAGAAGACCGGCUCCUCCCCCGAUCUGGUUUACAUGGAGGAAAUCCAGAACCUUGUAAAGUCAGAGAGCAUUUUCUCUGGCUAUCCACAGGAGGCGCUGAACCUGAACAGCGCGCGGUCGGCCUUCCGCCCUCCCAAUGUCCACCAGAACCCUCUGCCCCUCAGCUCCAGAGCGGACACCUACGACAAGUUGGUCAUCAACAACGUCUUCGACUCCCUGCUCUCCCAGAAGUGGCAGGCAGAGACAGUCUCCCAUGACACCAGCAGUGAGGUUCUACCCUACAGCGAUCCGUUCCCAGAUCAGCCCUGCCCAGUUUACAUUGACUCCUACAAUGACUCCCCUCCAGAGACAUUCAGGUAGCUAUGUGACAUGGGAAUCAGGAUCAAUUAUUACAGUUGUAUAACCACUUCAAAGUAGUUAUAUAAGCUAGUCUAAAUAAACAGUAAACAGAUGAUCAUUGCUGUUGAGCAAUGGAUGAAUCACAUGGCUCUGCCAUUAAAAU